AUGGCCUUUCUCGAGUGGUUACCACCAGGAGGUCAAACUUCUGUGGCUAGAGACAUCGUCGACUCUGGAAAUGACGACCACAAGUUGUGGCAGGUGUUUCACGAUCUUCUUGCCUGUAUUCUCUAUCCAAUGAUGGCAGAGAGUCCUAUACCCUCCGAACCCGAAUCGCCCUUUGACUUCAGGGAGCCCAACCUGGAGGUGUUUACUGGGACGCUCAUCCAACCAGAAGUUCGAGAUCCUGAUUUCCGUGAUGAGUGUGCGCGGCGAGGUGGUUAUCGCUGUUGUGUCACUGGCCAUCUAGAUACUAGGAAAUGGAAGCACAAUGGGUAUCUGCCAGAAGAUGAGCCCCACGGCGACCUGGAGUGCGCCGACAUCAUACCCUGCAGUUACACGUUCUGGACGGGAAGCGAGGUACUUGUCCUAGAUCUCAGAUGGUGUUGUUUCCUACUGACACGUAUGAAUCCUCGAAGCGGUGGGAAGUGUUUCAUAAAUGCUUCCCUAGGAAUGUUUGAUAUGGCCUUUGUCAAGACACCUGAUGACCGCGGCGGCGAGUCCCCGCCAGCUUCUCCCGCUGUCUCGGUGAGUCUUCCUUUCUUAUUUCUGGCGUGCCGCCGUCGUGUCUGCUGUGCUAACCAGCCGUCCUCCUCUGAGGACGAGGGCCCCGCUCUGGGGUCCCUCAAUAGCCUCCCAUUGAUAACCAUGCCGCGUGCCACCAGUGCUGCCCCCGACGACAGCUCCUCUCGUGCCGCCAGCCCGCCCGGUGCCGCCAGUUCGCCCGGGGCGAGCCUCCUGCAUGCCGGUGGCUCCCUCAGUCCUGCGCUGACCUGUGCGUCGGUCCUACCGAAGAUGAAUGGCAUCAUUACAGCGGACAGUGCUGCUGCCUCUCUUCUUGAGCCCAAGGUUACGUUGCAUGGGUGGCCGCAUAACAUGCGGGACGCAAUCGCAAACAUCACAAAGGAGCUCAGCAACAUGGAGGUACCUACCCCAGUCAAACGCAAGCUGGGGAUGCGCUAUGAGCACUCCCGCGUCCGGCUGACCCGUCUUUGCUUAUGGGCUGGAUCUUCCAAUCAAAUCAAUGAAGAUCAUGACAGAGAGGCUAAUCAGACUACGCUUGAUAGUGACUCCCUUUGGUGCAACAACGUCGAGCUUACCUGGCAACAAGUCCAAUAUAAAGAGAUCAGCGCGGUCAACCGUGACAGACAGCAUGACUGGAUGUUAGACUCCGGUGCAAGCGAAACUACUCGAGAGAUACAGCGCCUUUGCGGUCAAUGCCCCAAACGAAGUGACGACCCUUGGACAUUCUACGUUGAGAUGCCCAGGCCGCGUCUGUUUCCUGUUACGGAGACGAAUCGAUUAUUGAAAGCUCGAUGGGAGUCCAGAAUGCCAGACUCUCCACUAAUACGGAGAGGUGAUGCACUUCAUGCGCAACGCAUUGGACAAGACCCAAUGAUCGCUUCAUUUCGCGAAAAGCUUUGCUGCUACCGAUUCCGAAAAUUAUCCCUUUCGGGUACCAUAUUCUCGACAGGCUGGGGAAUGCUACAAUUGGGGACCAAGACCAUCAACAGCCUGUCAAAUGGAAUGAUGUUGGUCGAUUUUGAAUACCUGCACAAGGCGUCUGGAAGUUUUCAUGUGGUCUUUGUCAAGACAGUACCAUCCUUAGACACAACUAGUAGAGGUACAGGUGGAAAUUUAGGCCGCGAAGGAGCUCUCCGUGCUACCGCGCUAGUCUUCAGCCUUGGGGACCAGCGGAAUACAGGCGGAUCCCAACACAGCUGGAUGGAGACUCCUACCAGGAGUAUCCGCUGUUACUCGUUAUGGAGGCAAUUCGAGACUCUCAAUCUCUAG